AUGUUUGCAAUCCCACGGAGCCAGAAUGCCUUGGUGGUUGCCGGCCCGGGCCACGUGGCCCCUGUCCAGCAGUUGGCGCUAUUCAUGGAUGCGACUUCGCCGCGGUCGUUGUCCAUCGGAGACAGGGUUGCUGGGGCCGUUCAUGGGAACAACUCCCUGGAGCCCCGUGUCGGUGCCUUUGCACAGUAUGUUGGAGCGAUCGCUGAGCUGCUCCUCAAGAUUCCUGACGCGAUGACUUUCGAGGAGGCAUCCACUCUUGGCAUCGGCUUGGCCACCGCGGGUCUUGCCUUUUUCCGCGAAUCAGAGAUUCCCUGA